GCCCCGGCGCCACCCUGCCCACCAUGGCCAAGCCAGCAAGCAAGGAUUCAGGCCUGAAGGAGAAGUUCAAGAUCCUGCUGGGACUGGGGACGCCGAGGCCGAGCCCCAGGUCGGCGGAGGGCAGGCACACGGAGUUCAUCGUCACGGCCGACAUCCUCCGGGAACUGAGUGUGGAGUGUGGCCUCAAUAAUCGCAUUCGGGUCAUAGGGCAGAUCUGCGAAGUGGCAAAAACAAAGAGAUUUGAAGAGCAUGCGGUAGAAGCCCUCUGGAAAGCCGUCGCGGACCUGCUGCAACCGGAGCGGCCACCAGAGGCCCGGCAUGCGGUGCUGGCCCUGCUGAAGGCCAUUGUUCAGGGGCAGGGCGAUCGCUUGGGGGUCCUCAGAGCCCUCUUCUUUAAGGUCAUCAAGGAUUACCCCUCCAACGAAGACCUCCAUGAGCGGCUGGAGGUGUUCAAGGCCCUCACGGACAACGGGAGGCACAUCACGUACUUGGAGGAAGAGCUGGCCGAGUUCGUGCUGCAGUGGAUGGAGGUCGGCCUGUCCUCGGAGUUUCUGCUCGUGCUGGUCAACUUGGUCAAGUUCAACAGCUGCUACCUGGACGAGUACAUCGCGCCGAUGGUUCACAUGAUCUGCCUGCUAUGUGUCCGGACUGCCUCAGCUGUGGACAUAGAGGUCUCCCUGCAGGUGCUGGAUGCUGUUGUUUGCUACAACUGUCUGCCGGCUGGGACCCUGCCCCUGUUCGUUGUCACCCUUUGCCGAACCGUCAACGUCAAGGAGCUCUGUGAGCCCUGCUGGAAGCUCAUGCGGAACCUCCUGGGCACCCACCUGGGCCACAGCGCCAUCUACAACAUGUGCCGCAUCAUGGAGGGCAGAGCCUACAUGGAGGAUGCCCCGCUGCUGCGGGGAGCUGUGUUCUUUGUGGGCAUGGCGCUCUGGGGGGCCCACCGGCUCUACUCGCUCAGGAACUCGCCCACGUCCGUGCUGCCGUCGUUUUAUGAGGCUAUGACCUGCCCGAACGAGGUGGUGUCCUACGAGGUCGUCCUGUCCAUCACCAGGCUCAUCAAGAAGUACCGGAAAGAGCUGCAGGCCGUGACAUGGGACCUCCUGCUCAACAUCAUGGAGCGGCUGCUGCAGCAGCUCCCGUGUCUAGACAGCCCGGAGCUCAGGGCCAUCGUUCACGACCUGCUGACCACGGUGGAGGAGCUGUGUGACCAGAACGAGUUCCACGGCUCGCAGGAGAGGUACUUCGAGCUGGUGGAGAAGUGUGCGGGCCAGAGGCCGGAGUCCUCCCUCUUGAACUUGGUAUCCUACCGAGCCCAGUCCAUUCACCCGGCCAAGGACGGCUGGAUCCAGAGCCUGCAGUCGCUGAUGGAGAGGUUCUUCAGGAGCGAGCCGCGCAGUGCCGUGCGCAUCAAGGUGCUGGACGUCCUGUCCUUCGUGCUGCUCAUCAACAGACAGUUCUACGAGGAGGAGCUGAUCAACUCGGUGGUCAUCUCACAGCUCUCCCACAUCCCCGAGGAUAAGGACCCCCAGGUCCGAAAGCUGGCCACCCAGUUGCUGGUGGACCUGGCAGAGGGCUGUCACACUCACCACUUCAACAGCCUGCUGGACAUCAUCGAGAAGGUGAUGGCCCGCUCGCUCUCUCCACCCCCUGACCUGGAAGAAGGGGCCAGGGCCACCUACUCGACCUCCUUGGAGGACGUGAAGACUGCAGUCCUCGGGCUCCUGGUCAUCCUGCAGACCAAGCUGUACACCCUGCCUGCCAGCCACGCCGUGCGCGUGUACGCGCGGGUGUGCGAGACGCUCGUCGGCCACCUUGAGCUGCACUACAGGCACGGCUACACCCUGCCCGUCGCCGCCAGCAUCCGGCUGCAGGCCUUCGACUUCCUGCUGCUGCUACGGGCUGACUCGCUGCAUCGCCUCGGCCUGCCCAACAAGGACGGCAUCGUGAGAUUCAGCCCCUACUGCGUCUGCGACUGCGUGGAGCCAGAGAGAGGCGCUGAGAAGAAGGCCAGCGGUCCCCUCUCGCCUCCUGCAGGGCCGCCUGGCCCGGUGCCUGCAGGCCCUGCCGUGCGGCUCGGCCGCCUGCCCUACUCCCUGCUCUUCCGUGUCUUGCUGCAGUGUCUGAAGCAGGAGACCGACUGGAAGGUGCUGAAGCUGGUGCUCAGCAAGCUGCCUGAGUCGCUGCGCUACAAGGUCCUUGUCUUCACCUCCCCGUGCAGCGUCGACCAGCUGUCUUCCGCCCUCUGCGCCAUGCUUUCAGGCCCCAAGACCCUCGAACGACUCCGAGGCACCCCGGAAGGGUUCUCCAGAACCGACCUGCAUUUGGCCGUGGUCCCCGUGCUGACGGCGCUGAUCUCCUACCACAGCUACCUGGAUAAGACCAAGCAGCGCGAGGUGGUGUACUGCCUGGAGCAGGGCCUCGUGUACCGCUGCGCUGGCCAGUGCGUGCUGGCCCUGGCGGUCUGCAGCGUAGAGAUGCCCGACAUCAUCGUCAAGGCGCUGCCAGUCCUGGUGGUGAAGCUCACUCACAUCUCAGCCACAGCCAGCAUGGCCGUCCCGCUGCUGGAGUUCCUGUCCACUCUGGCCAGGCUGCCUCACCUCUACAGGAACUUUGCCGCGGAGCAGUACGCCAGCGUGUUUGCCAUCUCCCUGCCUUACACCAACCCCUCCAAGUUCAAUCAGUACAUCGUGUGCCUGGCCCACCACGUCAUAGCCAUGUGGUUCAUCAGGUGCCGCCUGCCCUUCCGGAAAGACUUUGUCCCUUACAUCACCAAGGGCCUGCGCUCUAAUGUCCUCCUGUCAUUCGAUGACACCCCUGAGAAAGACAGCUUCCGAGCACGGAGCACCAGCCUCAACGAGAGGCCCAAGAGUGUGAGGAUAGCCAGACCCCCCAAACACGGCUCGAGUCACUCCCCGCCCGUGAGAGAACGCGAGGAGAGCGCUGCAUCCGAGGCCUUCCGGUGCCGCAGCGUCAGUGUGUCUGAGCGCGUGGUCCGCAGCAGGAUCCAGACGUCACUCACCAGUGCCAGCCUGGGGUCUGCCGACGAGAGCUCCAUGGCGCAGGCUGACGACAGCCUGAGAAACCUCCACCUGGAGCUCACCGAGACAUGUCUGGACAUGAUGGCCCGUUACGUGUUCUCCAACUUCACGGCCGUCCCUAGGAGGUCUCCCGUGGGCGAGUUCCUCCUGGCAGGCGGCAGGACUAAGACCUGGCUGGUGGGGAACAAGCUUGUCACCGUAACAACAAGCGUGGGCACCGGGACCCGGUCGUUGCUGGGCCUGGACUCAGGGGAGCUGCAGAGUGGCCCAGAGUCGAGCGCUGACCCUGGUGUGCGUGUGAGGCAGACCAAAGAGGCGCCGGCCAAGCUGGAGUCCCAGGCUGGGCAGCAGGUGUCCCGCGGGGCCCGGGACCGCGUCCGCUCCAUGUCGGGGGGCCACGGCCUUCGUGCCGGGGCCCUGGACGCACCGACCUCCCACUUCCCAAGCAGCCCUGCUGCUCCAGGCCCGCAGGCUGCCCCAGUCUCCAAGCCCGAGAAGGCCUCUGCGAGCACCCAGGCCCCGGCCUCGGCCAAGUCCAACCUGGCCGCCUAUGUGCCCCUGCUGACCCAGGGCUGGGCGGAGAUCUUGGUCCGGAGACCCACAGGAAACACCAGCUGGUUGAUGAGCCUGGAGAACCCGCUCAGCCCCUUCUCCUCGGACAUCGACAACAUGCCCCUGCAGGAGCUGUCUAACGCCCUGAUGGCAGCCGAGCGCUUCAAGGAGCACCGCGACACCGCCCUGUAUAAGUCGCUGUCGGUGCCGGCCGCUAGCACAGCCAAGCCCCCUCCACUCCCACGCUCCAACACAGUGGCCUCUCUGUCCUCCCUGUGCCCAGCUGGCUGCCCGGGAGCACUGCGCAGGAGCGUCUCCUGGGCAGACUCCGCAGUGGUCCUGGAGGAGGGGAGUCCAGGCGAGACGCAGGUGCCAGUGGAGCCCCCAGAGUUCGAGGACUUCGAGGCGGCCCUGGCCACAGACCAGCCCUGCCAACACGCUGACGUGUACAGCAGGUCAUCGUCGGCAUCCAGCCAGGAGGAGAAGCUGUCCCACGCAGAGGGGCUGGCUGCCGGGGGCAUCCCCAUCGAGCGGGCAGUGUGCCUGGAGGGAGGCCGGCCCUCUGUGGACCUCCCUUUCCAGCCCUCACAGCCUCUGAGCAAGUCCAGUUCGUCACCUGAGCUGCAGACCUUGCAGGACGUCCUUGGGGACCCUGCGGACAAGGCUGAUGUCGGCCGGCUGAGCCCUGAAGCCAAGGCUCGGUCACAGUCCGGAACCCUGGGUGGGGAAGGUGCCGGCUGGUCUGCCCCAGGCGGAGAGAACCGGGGCCCAGGCCCGGCCCCACCUGAGGGCCCCAUGCCUUCCAGCUCUCCCCGCUCACCCAGCGGCCUCCGGCCCCGAGGUUACACCAUCUCCGAUUCGGCCCCGUCACGCAGGGGCAAGAGGGUGGAGAGGGAUGCCUUUAAGAGCAGAGCCGCAGCCUCUAAUGCCGAGAAAGUGCCGGGUAUCAACCCCAGCUUCGUGUUCCUGCAGCUGUACCACUCGCCCUUCUUUGGAGAUGAGUCCAACAAGCCCGUCCUGCUGCCCAGUGAGCCCUUCGAGCGGUCAGUGCAGCUGCUGGAUCAGAUCCCGCCGUACGACACGCACAAGAUCGCAGUGCUGUAUGUGGGGGAAGGCCAGAGCAGCAGCGAGCUCGCCAUCCUGUCCAACGAGCACGGCUCCUACAGGUACGCGGAGUUCCUGACGGGCCUGGGCAAGCUCAUCGAGCUCAAGGACUGCCAGCCGGACAAGGUGUACCUGGGCGGCCUGGACGUGUGCGGCGAGGACGGCCAGUUCACCUACUGCUGGCACGACGACAUCAUGCAAGCCGUCUUCCACAUUGCCACCCUGAUGCCCACCAAGGACGUGGACAAGCACCGCUGUGACAAGAAGCGCCACUUGGGCAACGACUUCGUCUCUAUCGUCUACAACGACUCUGGCGAGGACUUCAAGCUGGGCACAAUCAAAGGCCAGUUCAACUUCGUCCACGUGAUCAUCACCCCCCUGGACUAUGAGUGCAACCUGGUGUCACUGCAGUGCAGGAAAGACAUGGAGGGCCUUGUGGACACCAGCGUGGCCAAGAUUGUGUCUGACCGCAACCUGCCCUUCGUGGCCCGCCAGAUGGCCCUGCAUGCAAACAUGGCCUCGCAGGUGCACCACAGCCCUGCCACUGGCGCAAGCGCACCCUCCAGCCCACAGCAAAGCCCCGGCACAGGUCCCGGCCGAGCCCACGCCGGCCUAUGAGACAGGCCAGCGGAAGCGCCUCCUCUCCUCCGUGGACGACUUCACGGAGUUUGUGUGAGGCAGGGCCUGGCCACCGAGCGCGGAUGAAAUAAACUCAGUCCCACUGACGGCCA